UCCGACCUUUUAGAUAUCCAACAUGUGUGACGAGGAAGAGUGUGCGCUUGUGUGCGACAAUGGCUCCGGCAUGGUCAAGGCCGGUUUCGCCGGAGACGACGCCCCUCGUGCCGUGUUCCCCUCCAUCGUCGGCCGUGCCCGUCAUCAGGGUGUGAUGGUCGGUAUGGGUCAGAAGGACGCCUACGUCGGUGAUGAGGCCCAGAGCAAGCGUGGUAUCCUCACCCUCAAAUAUCCCAUCGAGCACGGUAUCAUCACCAACUGGGACGAUAUGGAGAAGAUCUGGCAUCACACUUUCUACAAUGAACUCCGUGUUGCCCCUGAGGAGUCCCCCACACUUCUCACUGAGGCUCCCCUCAACCCCAAGGCCAAUCGUGAGAAGAUGACUCAGAUCAUGUUUGAGACCUUCUCUAUGCCUGCCAUGUAUGUAUGCAUCCAGGCCGUGCUUUCCCUGUACGCUUCUGGUCGUACCACUGGUCUCGUCUGUGAUUCCGGUGAUGGUGUGACCCACAUGGUCCCCGUCUAUGAAGGCUUCGCUCUUCCUCAUGCUAUCCUUCGUCUGGAUCUUGCUGGCCGUGAUCUUACCAACUACCUGAUGAAGAUCAUGACUGAACGUGGCUACUCCUUCACCACCACCGCUGAACGUGAAAUCGUCCGUGACAUCAAGGAGAAGCUUUGCUACAUUGCCCUUGACUUCGAGAGUGAGAUGAACGUCGCUGCUGCUUCCUCUUCCUUGGAUAA